UAAUUGUCGUUAUACUAAAUACGACAUAAGUAUUUCCUCCUGCAAACAAAACUUUGUUUGUCGUACACAUUUCAAAGUAAUAAUAUACAUAAAUGGUUAUGGGAUAGAGAAGAAAAAAGAAUUUCCAUUUUUAUUUAUUUCACUUCCUCUUCGCUCCUUGUUCGGUCAUUGUACAACCAGCGUCGCAGCUGAUCCUAAUUCUCCGUUCGAAGAGAGAGAGAGAGAGAUGGUGGGUCCGGCGAGACCACAAUUCGUUCUGUUUGGAUCGUCGAUUGUUCAGCUGAGCUACAGCAAUGGCGGUUGGGGCGCUAUGCUCUCUGACAUUUACGCUCGCAAAGCAGAUAUAUUGUUGAGAGGGUACUACGGGUGGAACUCAAGGCGUGCUCUGCAGGUCCUUGAUCAAGUUUUUCCUAAGGAUGCUUCAGUACAGCCUUCAUUGGUAAUAGUUUAUUUUGGCGGUAAUGAUUCGAUGGGGUCUCACUCGUCUGGCCUAGGCCCUCACGUACCACUUCCUGAAUACAUAGAGAACAUGAAAAAGAUCGCAAGACAUCUCCAGAGCCUUUCAGAUUCUAUACGCAUAAUUUUUCUUACUUGUCCUCCAGUAAAUGAGGAGAAAGUUUGUGGAACUACAAGUGGGAUAUUCAGUGAGCUAGUAAGAACUAAUGAGCUGUGCGGACAAUAUUCAGAAGCUUGCAUAAAGGUGGGUCAGGAAACAGGCGUCAAGGUUAUUGAUCUUUUUAGCGCCUUCCAGAGAAGUGAUGAUUGGAUGAAUGCUUGCUUUACGGACGGGAUUCAUUUAUCCGCCGAAGGGAGCAAGAUUGUUGUCGAGGAGAUAUUGAAGGUACUGAAGAGUGCUGAGUGGAAGCCAUGUUUGCACUGGAAGUCCGUGCCCACGGAAUUUUCUGAGGACUCGUCCUAUGAUCUUGUUGCUGCUGAUGGGAAAAGGACACUGAAUCCGUCUGAGUGGACUUUUCACAGAGAGAUUCAGCGGGACUAGUUUGCAGGAUUUCUUUCUGUGUGCUUUUUCCCAAUUCAAGAGAUGGACAUGUUCAAUAAGGAAAGGAAGAUCUAUUGUUGCACGAGACACUGAGUAAAAUGGGGAGAGCAAGGCGAGAGUAUAAAAGAUAAGAGGAAGAGCUAAUACUCUAGUGCAAGUGUUAUUAUUUUGUAUAGUGCAUCAUAAAAAAACACUUUACAAUGUGCACUCCAGUUACACAUAUGAACAUAUAUAUCUUAAGAGACAAUAUUACUGUUUUUUUGGCGGGAAACUUAAAACAGCCUUAGAGUAUUGUUUGUGAAAGGUCUGUUUUCAGGUGUUACAGAGUAUUGUAACACUAUUUGGAACACUGACGAUUGACUAUACUGAUUAUACUCUGAGACGUUAAAGUAAUCAAGCAGGAAAUAAAGCAAGAAAAAUAGA